CAUCGAGAGUUUCAAACUCUUAGUAAACAUAGUACUUCGACACGGAGGCACCUUGUCAGGCACCCGAAUGAAACUCGACGUGUAUAAUUUUAAUUAAUAAGUUUCCUUCGCUCAGCUGUCUCCGUGGGCUCUAAACUUUUAAUGACUAUCGAUACAGUGUCAUUUCAUCUGUGUAAUGGUUGUGUUGUGAUAAUAAUGAAGAUGUUUUGUUUGUUUGUGUUUCUGUUUGUGAGCGUUUACGCGUGGGGCCGCGGGGAUUUAGAAAAGUACGGACCAUUCCAAGUCGCUUUGCACUCUAAUCUCAUCAAAUGUAACCACGACCGAGACCUGAACCUAGACGUUAGCGAAAUAAACGUAUACUUUUACGACUUCCCGAAAAACGACGUGGAAUCAUUCACAAUAGAUAACGCCGCCAACGGGAUACUCUCCAUCAAAGGCCUGGACAAGACCAAGAAAUUUAUUAUAUUCGUAGGAGGAUUCAAAUCUAAUAUCAAUAAGAAAACCGAGGAACAAAUCAGGGACACUUUUAGGACCUUCCCUAACAGUUACCUGAUCAUCCUUGACCAUUCCCCUUACACGAACGACAAACAGGGCAGCUUGAAGAGCUACGAAAGGUCCGUGAAAUAUGUCCACUACAUUGGUAAAGCAUUGGCCAAUAUGCUCACGAAGCUGUCAGAAGGUGGUAUAUCUCCAAAGAGUAUGCACUGCAUUGGCCAUAGCUUAGGUAGUCAAAUAUUAGGCCAAGCCGGCGAGGUCUUCACCAAUAACACCCAAAAGAAAAUAUGGAGGAUCACAGCUUUAGACCCAGCCGGUCCAUGCUUUUCCAACAGUUUGAUUCAAGAACAGGUCAGAUCUGGAGUAGCGGAAUACGUAGAGGUAUACCAUUGUAAUGCUGGCGGUUUGGGAUCUUCCAGUGUUUUAGGAGACAUAGACUUUUUCAUCAAUAAAAAAGGACGAGCACAACCGAAUUGUGGUACUCCUUUAAUCCCCGGCAUAUUCGAUUCAUCUAAAGCUGCUAAAUGUAGUCACAGGGCUUGUAUUGAUAUUUGGACUGCUACAGUCAGUCACCCAGAUUGGUUUAAGGCAUGGAAAUGUGACUCUUAUAAAGAGUUCAAGAAGGGUCAGUGUUCGAUGAACGAGUCUACUAUUGCUGGUUUCUGGAAUCCUGGUAAUGCUACCGGUGUAUAUUAUUUCUCUACCGAAGGUUAUGACUUUUAGUGAAACAAAGACUUUAUUUAGUAAUAUUCUUUUUUAGUUUUGUUAAAUUAAAAAAGAAUAUUACUAAAUAAAGUCUUUGUUUCAUUUAACAAAACUAAAAAAGAAUAUUGACUGAAA